AUGGCAGGCGAAUGGUUUCGACGGACCCCUGCCCGGGAGAAUAUCGAGGCAAAUGAUCGUGAGGAAGCAGGACAAGUUCGCACCGAAGAUGAGAGCAUUGAAGGUGAGUUACCCGACAUCUCCCAUUUGAAGCAGCGGACCAAAGCCAUUUCAAGCAUCUAG